AUGCUGCAGGAAAACCGAGACCGCGAUUGGUAUCUCAGUAUAUACUAUAUCCUGGCCUUUAUCAUUAUCAUCGCCAGGGAGGACCUGGACAAGGACUUCUGGACGAGUCCACCUUCUUCAGGGCCUUCCCAGGAUGGUAUCCUACUGCCGCCCGCCAUCCAGAGCGCGCUCUGUGCUGAGGGGACAAGCUGGUACGCUGGACAGCACUUCGAUCUCAUUUGCUUCCAGGGGGAUGGGCUGUCGUUUGAAGUUGGAAAGUGCAUGUCGUACUUUCUCCCGCAACAGAGGAAUCCGGUCACAUCCCACCCAAGCCCGUAUUCUGCCGGUGGUGGGUAG